GAAGUUCUUCCAACAACCGUGUUUUCCUCUCUCCUCUGCAGAAACUCUCCAAAGGAAAAUGGCAGCAGGAAAUCAUUCCACAGUGAGUGAGUUCAUCCUCGCUGGGCUAACAGAACAGCCAGAACUCCAGCUGCCACUCUUCCUCCUCUUCCUAGGAAUCUAUGUGGUCACAGUGGUGGGGAACCUGGGCAUGAUCGCACUAAUAGGGCUCACUUCUCACCUGCACACCCCCAUGUACUAUUUCCUCAGCAGCUUGUCCUUCAUUGACUUCUGCCAUUCUACUGUCAUUACCCCCAAAAUGCUGGGGAACUUUGUGACAGAGAAGAACAUUAUCUCCUACCCUGAAUGCAUGACUCAGCUCUAUUUCUUCCUCGUUUUUGCUAUCUCGGAGUGUUACAUGUUAGCUGCAAUGGCAUAUGACCGCUAUGUCGCCAUCUGUAGCCCCUUGCUUUACAAUGUUAUCAUGUCUCAUCAGGCCUGUUUCUCCCUGAUUUUAGGAGUGUAUAUUAUAGGCCUGAUUUGUGCAUUUGCUCAUACAGGCUGCAUGUUUAGAGUUCAUUUCUGCAAAUUUGAUAUGAUCAACCAUUAUUUCUGUGAUCUUCUUUCCCUCUUAAAACUCUCCUGUUCUAGUACCUAUGUCAACAAAUUACUGAUUCUAAUCUUUAGUGCAAUUAAUAUCCUUGCCCCCAGCCUGACCAUCCUUAGCUCUUACAUCUUUAUCAUUGCCAGCAUCCUCCACAUUCGCUCCACUAAGGGCAGGUCCAAAGCCUUCAGCACGUGCAGCUCUCACAUCUUGGCUGUUGCUGUUUUCUUUGGAUCUGCUGCUUUCAUGUACCUGCAGCCAUCAUCAGUCAGCUUCAUGGACCAAGGGAAAGUGUCCUCUGUGUUUUACACUAUUGUUGUGCCCAUGCUGAAUCCCCUCAUCUAUAGCCUACGGAAUAAAGAUGUUAGUGUUGCCAUAAAGAAAAUGCUAGAAAGAAGAAUAUUCUUGUAA